AUGGUGACCAUAUUCAGCCGUCCGGAAGUGGAGGACGAGUUGCAGCAGCCGUCAGAUCCUACCUGUCAUGAUCAGGCUCCAUCGUCGGCCAGAGGUAUAAGUGAGGAAGUGAUGGCUGUCGUACAGAUGGAUGUGCGGGCCCCUAACAUGGACGACAGAGGCACAUCCAAAAGCGUUAUGGUGACGCCUCAUACUCAGAGGAAGUUGAGUCUUAAGAAAACUCGUCGGCAUCUACCGGUAAAGAUCGAAAGUAAAGUGGUGGAUGGAGUACUAUACGUUACUCCACAAGACACUCAACGGUCUAGCGAGCUCUUAGUCGCCUCACUUGCCUUGGCGUCCGCUAGUAGGCUGAAUCUAGUCGAGGCCAAGAUCGAACGCUUCCUUAAAGCGAAGCAUUCCGAGAUGAAUGCCUUAGCAGCUAAUCUGCAUAGCUGGCAUCUCAACUCGGUAUCAGAUGAGAUAUUCAAGUCGGAGAGAGUCUUGCAUACCCUAAGAUAUCAGCUUAAUCUAGGAGAGGCUGAUCUACUCGAUGUCCCUGAGAUACUCUGGGAGUUUGACGGGUUUGAUUUAUUUCCCUUCGAUGAGGGUGGCAUCCCUAUUCUAGGCAUUCCAAUCGUUUAG